AUGGGUACUCAAGAAUUUCAAAGAGAAUACAUAGAUUAUUUACAACAGAGAAAUACUGAACUAUUAAAUAAACUUAGUCAAUUGAAAGAAAGUUACGAUAAUAAUCUUGUGACAAAAAACACAAAUGGGCAGUAUUUUAGUACGACAGUCGAAGACAUUUUGAAUGUUUGCAUAUCCCUACCACAAGAUAUAGACAAAUUUUUCGAAGAAAUAUCAGCAGCUAUGAACACAUUAAAAAAUAUAUUGCUGAAAAAAUCUGAAAUGGUACAGUUAUUUAAAAAAAUAUCACUCGAGUCAAAUUUAUUUACGUUGGGAAAUGAAAAAAAUUGUCUGGCAGAAGAAACAAAUUUACAACAAGGCACUGGAAAAAAAAUUUCACCAAUGAUAAACGGACAAGUCAUUUCAACAGAACCGAGAAUAUAUUUAAACAGGGUAUUAACACCUACCAGGAAAGUUGAACCUCUGUCUCCGAUUGUAGAAACAAGUCCUGCAUGUUCACCUGAAUUAAUAACACCAAACAAAUCAUGCGAAGAAAGGGGAAAAUUCAACAGCAAUUCGAGAAAUUCUAUUAAAAGUGAGGAAUUGAUGGAAAGUGAAAAAAUUGAUAAUGAUGAUAAAUCAUCAAAUGUACCUGGUGUAAAAAGGGAAAAAUUAGAUGACAUCACAUCACGUUCGAUUAGGCACAAUCGAAAUAGUUCAUCGCAAACAAAUAAAAACAAUACGAUCGUAUUGAUGAGAGAAAAUGAAUUCGAUCCAUUAGAAGGUCCAUCAUGGCGUUUUAACGGUCGUCGUUCGUCAAAUUCUUCACCUUCGAACGUUUCAAAUACAUUUGUUAAUUCAAGGCGGCAUAAAUACAGAUUAUCCGAUAUGAAUAAAAAACAAAAAAAAUCUGGUAUAAAUGUAAGAAAUUCAAUGAAAAAAAUGGAAGAUUUAAACAUGUCACCGUUGUCGUCACCGUUGUCGUCACCGUCGUCGUCACCGUCAUCGAUGACGUCACAAUUUGUUGAUAAUUUUUCACGGGAUGAUAAUAAUGUUUUUUUAGAGGAAAGUGAAAAUCAUUCGACGAUGGAAAAAAGAGAAACGGAAUUUUCUUCAGAGAAACAACCGGUUAUACAAUUAGAAGAUUGCAUGAUUGAAAAAAAAUCAAAAAAUAAAAAUAAUAAUAAUAAUAAUAAUAAUAAUAAUAAUAAUAUGGUUAAGGGAAAAUUCAAAAGCAGAAUAUUAAAUGAAAUAAAAUUAGAUGAAACAAUAAAUUCGGAUGAAUCCGGAGGGAGGACGAACAUUGCGGGUGGUAGAAAAAGAAGAAAAGCCGCACCCGUUAAUUUAAGCGAACCUAAUUUAAACACGUGA